CCGGCCCCGCCUCAGGGAGGCGUGGCCUCGGAGGCCGCGGGGUCGGACGCGGCUCCGGCCCGGCGUGACUCAGGCGGCUCCUCGCCCGCUGAGCGGCCGCCUUUCCCCUCCUCGGUCCCGGGCAGCCUCGGCAGACGAGUCCCGGCGGCGGGAGAGCGGCUGGAGCCGCCUUUGGCCGCUGACGUCCGGCGACGAGUCGCUGCUGAAUUCAGUUUUAGAGAGACCUGCAGGGCAGGGGCUGUGUGUGUGUGUGUGUGUGUGUGUGUGUGUGUGUGUGUGUGUGUGUGUGAGAUUGUGUGUGGGUGUUUGUGGGUUCCGGGCCCCAUGGCGCUGAGCCGGGAGGCCACGGGGGACUACCACCCCUUGCCGGAUUCCGAAGACGACGACUCCCCCCCGGAGGACGAGCAGCAGUUGUUGGUCCACGUCACGGAGGGGCUGAAAGAUUCCUGGCACCACAUCAAGAACCUGGAUAACUUCUUCACCAAAAUCUAUCAUUUUCACCAAAGGAACGGCUUUGCUUGCAUGAUGCUCUCUGACGUCUUUGAGCUGGUGCAGUUCCUGUUUGUGGCCACUUUCUCCACCUUCCUGCUUUGCUGCGUGGAGUAUGACGUUCUCUUUGCCAACCGGCCCGUCAAUCACACCCACCAGGGAGGAGGUGGAAGUUUUGGGCCCGAUCGCAGCAAGGUUACGCUCCCGGAUGCUAUCCUACCCGCUGCCGAGUGUGCUCAAAGGAUCCAGGCCAGCCACGGGGUCAUCUUCCUGCUGGUGAUGGCUGCCACGUUCUGGCUGUACCGACUCGUCAAGGUGUUCUUCAGCCUGAUGGGUUACUGGGAGAUCCGCUCCUUUUACACCAAGGCGCUCAAGAUCCCCUCGGCGCAGCUGUGCAACUGCAGCUGGCGGGAGGUGCAGGCCCGGCUGAUCGCUCUGCAGCGGGAGCAGCGCCUGUGCGUGCACCGUCGGGAGCUGACCGAGCUGGACAUCCACCACCGCAUCCUCCGCUUCAAGAACUACCUGGUGGCCAUGGUCAACAAGUCGCUGCUCCCCGUCCGCUUCCGGCUGCCCCUGUUCGGGCGCGGCGUCUUCCUGACCCGGGGGCUGAAGUACAACCUGGAGCUGCUCCUCUUCUGGGGGCCGGGCUCCCUCUUCCAGGGCAAGUGGAGCCUCCAGCCCCAGUACAAGCGAGCCGGGGCCCGGCUGGAGCUGGCCCGCCGGCUGGCCCGGAGCCUGCUGCUCCUCGGAGUCGCCAAUUUGUUGCUCUGCCCCUUCAUCCUGGUCUGGCAGGGCCUGUACGCCUUCUUCAGCUACGCCGAGGCCCUCAAGCGGGAGCCCGGCAGCCUGGGCGCGCGGCGCUGGUCGCUCUACGGCCGCCUCUACCUGCGCCACUUCAACGAGCUGGACCACGAGCUGCAGGCCCGGCUCAGCCGAGGCUACAAGCCGGCCGCCAAGUACCUCAACUCCUUCGCCAACCCGCUGCUGGCCGUCGCGGCGGGCAACGCCGCCUUCUUCGCCGGCUCCCUGCUGGCCGUCCUCAUCGCCCUGACCGUCUACGACGAGGACGUGCUGGCCGUCCAGCACAUCCUGACCGCCGUCACCCUGCUGGGGCUGGUGGUCACCCUGGCCAGGGCCUUCAUCCCGGACGAGCACCUGGUGUGGUGUCCGGAGCAGCUCCUGCAGUGUGUCUUGGCCCACAUCCACUACAUCCCCGACCACUGGCAAGGCAACGCGCACAAGGCGGAGACCCGGGAGGAGCUGGGCCAGCUCUUCCAGUACAAGGCGGUCUUCAUCCUGGAGGAGCUGCUGAGUCCCAUCGUGACCCCCUUCCUGCUCAUCUUCCCUCUGAGGGCCAAGGCCCUGGAGAUCGUCGACUUUUUCCGCAACUUCUCGGUGGAGGUGGUGGGCGUGGGGGACAUCUGCUCCUUCGCCCAGCUGGACAUCCGCAACCACGGCAACCCUCAGUGGCUGUCGCAGGGCCGGACUGAGGCCUCCGUCUACCAGCAGGCCGAGAACGGCAAGACGGAGCUCUCGCUGGUCCACUUCGCCAUCGCCAACCCGCACUGGCAUCCGCCGCCCGAAAGCUCCCUCUUCAUCGGGCACCUGAAGGAGCGGGUGCACCAGGACGCCUCCCAGGCCCAGCGCCUGCUGGCCGAGGGGCCCUUGGCGGCCUCCCUGCUCUCCGACGAGGGGCCUGGCCCCAUGCCGGAUGCCCUCCUGGCCAGCGUCCUGGCCCACCCGGUCCUCGCAGAGCGUCGGCUGCUCACUCAGCCCGGCAGCACAGCCAGCAUCCUGGCCUCCCUCUCCUCUUCCCAGCCGCCCCGGCACAGGAGCCAUCCCGGGCAGACCCCCGUCUCUGAUAGCCAGAGCCCGCUUCUGGAGGAGAGCACCGCUGCUCCCUCGCGCCCGGCUCCUCUCAGCCGCUCGGUUUUGCUCUCCGAGUUGGCGUUGGCCGAGAUGAGUUUGCACGCCCUCUACAUGCACGAGCUUCACCAGCAACAAACGUCCGCCCGCUUUGCGCCGCAGCCUUCGGCACAACCAGCGUCCCCCCGGCGUCCCUUCGAUACGCACGGCCAGGACUGUUCGCUAGAAGUUUGCGAAGAGGAAUCGGACGAGACGCAACAGCCGCAGCACGAGAAGAGCUAGCAGGAGCCGGCCGUGUUUUUGUCCUUCCUUCCUCCGUGUUUCUGGAGGAUUGGCACAGCCAUGGACGGCUUUCCCGGACGAUCCCCCGGUGGACAGAACAUGCCUGGAAGUGGGGCCGCCGGGCAUCUCCUCCACUCCGAGGCAGGAGUGACUGACGGCUGCCCCUCCUUCGCCGUGGAUUUGCCUGCGACGAGUGGCCUUGUCCGCGAGGCUUCCCGGACCCUCCUUUUGGGGGGGGAGUGUGCGCUUCUUGGGGGGUGAAUAAGCUUUGGGGCUGGUUCAGGCCCCACACGGUGCUAUUUGUAUUUUGGGGGGGGGGUCUCUCUGGGGUCAAGAGAGAAGGGGGUGGGCGACGUCGGACUAGGAGACCUCCGAGGUCCCUUCCAGCUCUGCGAUUCUAGGAUUCUGUCAGGGUCUCCUGCUCGAGCAGGGGGCUGGACUAGAAGACCUCCCAGGUCCCGUCCAACCCUGUCACUCAAGGAUUCGGGAAGGCUCUGCUCUCGCCCUGUGCUUCUUCCCCCCUUCCCUGCCCCCCCCCAUUUCCCCUCCCCUCCAGCACGCAUGCUGUCGCGGUUGCAUCGCAGGAGACUUUGUUAGGGACAAUAAAUGUUUACAGCAACGAGAAGCAAAGCGCCCCCUUUU